ACGGGUGUGAAUCCGGGGACGGGUUAAAAAAAAAAAAUUGAAACGACAGACUUCCCCGAAGAAACCGACGGUACAGAGGAUGGAGCUGCGGCCAUUUGUUAUGUGCUUUGCACUCUGUGUGGUCUAUGCCACCAGCAAACCCACGGAGAAGAAGGACCGGGUUCACCAUGAUGAGCCGCUCAGUAACCGAGAGCACGACGACGCAGAGAACUUUGACUACGACCAUGAAGCCUUUCUGGGGCAGGAGGAGGCCAAGACCUUCGACCAGCUCACACCAGAGGAGAGCAAAGAGAGGCUCGGCAUGUUGGUAGAACGUAUAGAUGAGGAUAAGGACGGUUUUGUGACUGUUGAGGAGAUGAAGAAGUGGAUCAAGCACGCUCAGAAGAGAUGGAUCUAUGACGAUGUGGACCGACAGUGGAAGGGUCACGACCUCAACGGGGAUGGACUGGUGUCCUGGGAGGAAUAUAAGAACGCCACAUACGGAUACAUCCUUGAUGAUCCUGACCCUGAGGAUGGCUUCAGCUACAGGCAGAUGAUGUCUCGCGAUGAGAGGAGGUUCAAAAUGGCUGACCAGGACUCUGACCUACAAGCCAACAAGGAGGAGUUCACGGCCUUCCUUCACCCAGAGGAGUACGACCACAUGAAGGAUAUUGUAGUGCUGGAAACUAUGGAAGACAUUGACAAGAAUGGUGAUGGUUUCAUCGACCUGGAUGAGUACAUAGGCGACAUGUACAACCAGGAGGGAGACCCCACCGAGCCUGAGUGGGUGAAGACGGAAAGGGAGCAGUUCACUGAGUUCAGAGACAAAAACAAGGACGGGAAGAUGGACAAGGAGGAAACCAGAGACUGGAUCCUGCCUAGCGACUAUGACCACGCUGAAGCAGAGGCCAAGCAUCUGGUCUACGAGUCGGAUGCUGACAAAGAUGGCCGUUUGACCAAGACAGAAAUUGUGGAAAAGUACGACCUGUUUGUGGGCAGCCAGGCGACUGACUUUGGAGAGGCUCUCGCACGACACGACGAGUUCUAAUACCGACUUGUCCCAAAAGACUGUGCGCUCAUCUCGACCACCACACUACUCCUCUUGCAGUGGACGGAGUUUUUCCAACGAGAUGAGUGCAACUACUCCAACGCCACGGACAAUAAUUUAUUGGAUUUCUUGAAUGUGUCCACUUGUAUACACUAGCAAGUAAAGUGUAUGUGCAUGAGCAAAGUGUGCUCAUGCUCACUAUUGCAUAAGUUUGGGAUAUACCGCCAGCUUUUGCUCUGCUUCCACCACUACCCUUGCCUUGUUCAGGUCAGGCAAAAGGCAAACAGUGUUAAUUGACACUUUGUGCAGAUACUCUCGUUUUGUUUUUGAUUUUUUUUUGUUUGUUUUGUUUUGUUUUGUUUUUUUUUUUAUGAAAUGAUGACUCUGUGAAAUAGCCAUGUUUUGUUAUGGUAGCUUUGUUAGAACAGUAAGUUUAGGCUUGCAGUUUGUGUAGUACCGUUUUUUUAAUCUCUGCAAUGCACUGGACAAUGAAUAGUAAAGCUGAGUUCCUGCCUUUAGAAUUUAUAUUUUACUCCUCUGUCCAAGUACGUGGUCAAAUCCAAGCAGACCAAAACUGAUGAACACAUGCCAGUUGCAGAUUCUCCUGCAUUUUUGGUUUUCACAUCCCUGUUUUUGUGGAAAUGCCAGACCAAAGAGUGUUUGGAAAGAGGAGUAAAUAAUUAAAUUUAAAUGCCAAUGAAGACUAAUUGGACUAGUGCAAUACGGUAUCACCAGUGGGACCGCGCUUUUUGCCACACCGGUCCCCAAAGCACCCAUGCAUGAUGUUGCUACUUGAGGGUAGGUUGUGUUUUGUGCUAAUUGAAGGAAUCAAGUUGAAUUCAGCUGUGCCUGAGGGACUGCUGGGUGCUUUGUCCUAGAUUGCUGCCUCCUCUUUCCCUUCUCGUCACCUCAUUGCAAAAUUCUGUGUGUGUGUGUGUGUGUGCACGCGUGUGUGUGUGUGUGCCUGUGCGUGUGCGUGCGUGUGUCUUUGUACACACAUGUGUACGCUUAGUGACUGACAUCCCCUUUUUAAUGAAUUUUGUUUGAUUCAGCUGUACGACAUGUUCAUUUAUGUGCCAAGCAACAAAAAAAAAAAAAUGACACCCUGUUUCAUAAGCCGCUGGACAAAAAGAACAACACUUUUCCCCUUGUACACUUAAACUUCCUCAGUAUCUUUGGAGCUGUCUAAAAUGUUUCUAUUAUGCUUGCAUUAUCUCCACCGCAAUUUAUAACCACUGUUGAUGAUUUUUAUGAUAUGUUAUAAUGUAUAUGAAAAUGUUUUUUACAUGCUCACGGCAGCAAAAAGCCUUUGACUAGUGACUGUAAAUAAGUUGUUGCUCUGCAAACUGUGAGCACUCUAACAAUCAGGUCCAGUUUUUGUGAUUGGGAAGAAUGUCUCAAUAAAAACAAAUUAAAUUGGA